AUUGGCCCUUUAAACUAGGUUCGUUCGUCUCCGGAAGUGUUCGGGCUCAGCCGGGGACGGGCUCCGUGACGUCUGCCGCCACAGCCCCGCCGCCGCGCAGGAGCCGCCCACCUCUUACUACGGCUGGAGCCAGCGAGGAGAGCAGGUGGAGGAGCGGCACCAUCACCAACCACUCUGCAGACUCUCCCCUCGGACAGCAGCCCUCCUCUCCCAAUGCAGGCCAUCAAAUGCGUAGUCGUGGGUGAUGGUGCUGUGGGUAAGACAUGUCUGCUCAUCAGCUACACCACAAAUGCCUUUCCUGGAGAGUACAUCCCCACUGUCUUUGACAACUACUCAGCAAAUGUGAUGGUGGAUGGGAAACCAGUCAAUCUGGGCCUCUGGGAUACAGCAGGACAGGAGGACUAUGACAGGCUCCGCCCCCUGUCUUAUCCUCAGACGGAUGUGUUCCUGAUAUGCUUCUCCCUGGUGAGCCCAGCAUCCUUCGAGAACGUCCGAGCCAAGUGGUACCCAGAGGUUCGCCACCACUGCCCAAACACACCCAUCAUCUUGGUGGGCACCAAGCUGGACCUGCGGGACGACAAGGACGCCGUCGAACGGCUGAGAGACAAGAAGCUCUCUCCCAUUACCUACCCACAGGGCCUGGCCAUGGCCAGGGAGAUCGGUGCUGUGAAGUACCUGGAGUGCUCUGCGCUGACGCAGCGAGGACUGAAGACAGUCUUUGACGAGGCCAUCCGAGCUGUCCUUUGCCCUCCGCCUAUCAAAAAUGGAGGCAGGAAGUGCACACUGUUCUGAGGGGGAGGAGACGGAGGAUAAAGCCACCAGGAUCCUUUGGUCAGUCACACUGUAUGGGUGGAGUUGUGCCAAAUUGGAGCUGCUUUGAAACAAUUCUCUGUUUGUACGGCAGGAGUUGAUCCUCACUGAUCCAAAGCAGGCUGAGGACGUCAGCUGGUGGGUUAAAGAUAACAAAUUUCAGCCAAACUUUUUGACAAAAAUGAAUUUUGUGUGAUGUCUGCCUCAAAACAGUGAUAUACUUAUAAUGUCUUUUAGGCAAAUGGAGAAAUUGAAUGAAGUCACUUACUCAUCACGAGAAAGGGAAUUUAUUCAUUUUCAGAUUGGUAUGUAAAAUGUUGUUGCACUCUCUCGUUUAGCCUUGAAACCUGUAAAUAAAACAAGGAAACACACCCAAUAUACAUAUAAUCCCUUGUGUACACCUACUUUUUAUAAUUAUAUUUUUUUUUUUUAUGCAAGUUUUUGUUGACUUUGUUGAGAUGACUUCAUUUUGUAAGGGUCUUAUCUUUGUUUUAUUGUUUUAUUGCAGUAACCUGCACAAUUUGAAGAAGUAACCUGAAAACACCUGCAAUUAGCAACAUGCUAAGCUGAAAAAGUUGAGUUCUCAAACUUGCAGCUGGGGAGUCAGAUCUACAUUUAAAAAAGAAAAAAAAAAGAUUUUCAAAUUGUGAGAAUUCUUUCCUGUGAUUCGACUUGUCUUGUAAGUAAUGUUGGUUAAUGUCUGAAAUGUAUUAAGUAUUAAAUCCCACAUUUGAAGAUCAGUCUGCCAGUUGAUGUUGCAAAGGUGCUGACACACUCUCAUCAAACUCUGAUUAUUCAGUUAGAUUGACACCGUGCUGCCUUAAAUGUUUGGCCCACGAUGAUGUGCAACCUGAUUUGCAGCUUAUUAGCUUCUCACAUGUAUUACAUUUUGCUUUUUUGCUUUUUUCAAUGCAUCAAAAUGGAGCAUAAAAAAGGCACGUUUUGACAUUUUAAGUCAUUUAUUAUACAUAUUUAUUUCAUAUCUGAUAUGCAACCAGUUGUUCAUUUUUUAUAUGUUUACCAGUUAUAUUAUACUUAGGCACACGACUUUAACAUUUGAAUCACUAUUAUGAGUGGUCUAGGGAUCCCCAAAGUAGAAGUGGGAGAUGGACAACGGGUGGAAGUUAUAUACCUAUUGUAUUGUAGUGAUUAAGAUGUAAAAAUGGUACUGUGUGUAAGCCCUUAAUUCUUAAAAUAAAUUUCAAUUGCCUCUCAGAACUUUUGUAGUGUUAGGAUCCCAGGCUCCUCUAUUUGAAUCACUUCCUGCGUCACCCACUGUGCUCAGAUUAUAUAAAUAAUUAUCAUCAAUUAUAGAUGAUAAAUGUUUAAAGAGAUUUUUACCUCACAAGAAAAUGAAGGAUAAACAGUGACAACCUUUAACGUUGAUAAGUGUGAUGUUAUACUACAGUUAAUUCUUCAAGAAAUCCAAUGAAAAGACCAAAGCAAUGUGUUCGCCUGUCAACACUUUGACUUCUUUGAGCAGUUUAAUGAUCACUGCAGGACUGGCUUGUUUAACAUACUCUGGCAGAGGCAUGUCCAGAGAUCAGAGGCAGACCGGGUCAGUAGUGCUGUGUGUUAGUCAGCAUUAUGCAACAGAGGGAAGACAGUGUCACUUGUGAUCACUUGGUUUUGACAACAGUAAAUGCUCUUGCAUUUCUGUAGCACUUUUCCAGCCUACUGAUUGGUCAAAGAUGCACUCACCCAUUCACACACACAUUCAUACACUGAUGGCAGAGGCUGCCAUGAAAAGUGCCAACUGCUCAUCAGGUGCUCCUGAUUUGGGGUUCGAUGCCUUGCUCGAGGACACUUCAACAUGCAUCUGGGGGGGCCAGGAUUUGAACCAGCGCCAUUCCAAUUACUAGACAGCCUGCUCUACCUCUUGAGCUAUAGCCACCCAGAGUGGAAACUCUAUAGCACAGAGGAAGGAGAUAAACAGUGUGUGUGUGUCUAUAUAUAUAUAUAUAUAUAUAUAUAUGUCAGUAUGUAUAAAUGAAUGAGACAGGCAACAAAAACAAAAGUGUGUGGGAUUGUAUAUUUUAUUGUUAUUUAAUUUUGAUUUUCUAUUUUCCUAUAAUAUUUAAAUCAAUCACAACAAACAUGCAUUAAACACCGUAAGGGGGUGGUUUGUUUUGAGCACCUGUGGAAAUAUUGCCAAAAACUGUCUCAGUGUACAUACAGGUGUAUUAAAUGUUUACAUUUACUGAAAGAAAAUGCCAUUUUCGGUGCUCUGUCUUUAAUGAGGCACAGUAGCAUGAUCCCAAUUAAGUUUAUUUUCUAAUUAACAGGUGGUACCACUCAGAAAUUUUAAUUUUAAUUUUAGGCUAAAAACUGUUGCAUUUUGAGAAUAAUUUCAAAACACUGUAGGACAUAACAUUAUGAAAUUAAAGAUAUCAUUUUACAAGAAAACAUAAUCAGAAUAUUACUGGCUUGGGGACAGUUUAACACAUAUCAAACCUCCAUGGUCAUAGUUGACCUGGUCUGUACUCAGAGGUGUCCUGUCUGUUGUACGAUGGUGCUCAGUGGGGAAAAUGUUUCUUGGGUGCAGGGGAAUAUUUGAGUGCUGAAGUCACACUACUUCUCGUGGACCUCACUGCAACUUAUUUUAGAAAAAAGAAUACUGUAUAGUUGUCAAAGGAGAGAGACAAAUAUGCUUUUGAUUCUGUUUGAGCUGUGUCAUGAAUCACACAUAUGAUCUUUGUCAAAUAAAAGGAUAUAAACCAAGUCAACUGAGUCUCAGUUUGUUGUAAUUGAAGGAGAAGAACUCACUCAACACCAGCUCAGAAAAGCCAGCUAAAAUGAUGAAGCUCGCAAUAAACCUGUUCAUAGUGACCAGAUUUAUUGUGAUUUUAGUGAUGUCAAAGCAGAGUGUGUCAGUUCUAUGGGCUACACAUACACAGGAACAGCUCUACAAUGUUAAAUCACAGGUUUUGGUGGAACUUUAACAAGACGAUGUCACUAAAAAAUGAAUUAUUAUAUGACUAUGGUCAAAGCAUACUCAGUAUGAAAACAGCCUGCCAUUUGCCUUUGCCAGGGUUUGUGAAGGGGCACAGAUUGUGUUAUGCUGGACACUCGUAGGAUUGUACACUAAAUUCUGUGUAUUACUUUUAGAAUGAUAAACUAUUCAAAUUGUAUUGUAACAGCCCAAAGAAGAUCUGAAUCAUAUUUGAAAAAACAUUUUGCUUUUGUGAUAAAUUUCUCACUCUACAGUCACAGUUUGAUUUAAUGUCCACCAGCUGUUAUCUCCUUUAAGUGUAUUUAUUCCAUACAGCAAC